AUGUUUAUUAAUGAAUAUACUGAAAUUUCGUACGUGAAUAUUUUUAUGGUUCAACAUCCAUCUCAUACACUUUUACAACAAAAUGGUUUUACUCAACAAGUUUAUCUUAAAUAUAAACAAGAAUGUCUUGAUGGUAAAAAAGAAACAUUGAUUGUAGAGAAAAAAAAAGAUUAUUAGUUCAGUACAUAUUUACAAUAUUUCAAGAGAAACAAGCUACUGGUAAAAAAAAGAUUGAAAUUAUGUUGCAUUGAACGUAAAGAAAACGAGUCUUUUAAUGAAUAAAGAACAGUUAGCAUAUCUAAAAACAACAGUGAAAACUACUCUCCAGUAAAAAUCAGAGUCUAAAAAGACUUAUAUUCUUAUUUAAAUAGCUAAUAGAGAAUAUGUCUGUUGCUAUAAUUUUCAAAAAGAAAACAAAGAUUUUACUCUUUUAUGGAGUUUUUUUAAUAAAUACUAUCAUUCUUAUCUACAUGAUAAAUUUGAAAAGCAAUAAAAUAAUUGUCAACGAUUAAAAACACUAAGUUUCAUUAAUCGCCAAACUUUAUUAUUUCUAGGGAUGUACCGAGACCGAGACUGAACCGAGACUCUCGGUCCGAGCCGUCUCGGUCUCGGUUAGUCUCGGUCUCGGUCAGUCUCGGCUAGUCUCGGUCUCGGUCAGUCUCGGUCUCGGCUAGUCUCGGUCUCGUCCAGUCUCGGUCUCGGUAGUCUCGGACGAGACUCUCGGUCUCGGUUAUGGUUCUGAUUAUAAAUGUACCGAGAGUAAAUAUUCAUUGACAUAGAUGAGAAUUUUUCAUUUUCAAAUAUGCCCAGGAUUCCACAAGACGUUUCUUGCUAAUUGAUUCGUUUGCUUUCAUCUAGCUUUGUAUACAUAGGGACAGGCGGAUCACGAAAGGAAAAGACUACACCUUAUUUAGAUUCGAUGAAAAUUUUUGAAGUUUUCGAGUGGAAUGGACUUAAAUUUGCUCUUUUUCUUUCAUGAUCGAGCUGCCCCUAGUACGCACAGCUAGAUGAAAUUAAGGUGAUCAAUUAGCAACAAAUGUCUUGCAGAGUCUUGGCGGUUUUUGAAAACGAAAAAUCUUUAUCUGUAUCAAUGAAAUUUCAAUCUCAGUACAUUUCAUGGUCUCGUUAAAUUUUGAUCUUCACCUUAUAACCUUAUUAGUGAGGGAGUUUCAAAAAUUGAUUUUUGAUGGAAAAACUUAAUAUAUCGAAGUGUACGCGUGUUGUGCUAUUAUAUACAGUAAUCAGACGUUAGUUUUUAUCAUGGUUAUGGUAUCUUGACACAUAAAGAACCAUUCUUAAAGGUUCUGAAUAAUCUUCCCAUUCUACUUCAUUUUGUCUAGCCUCUAUCGAAACAAUAAUAUAUCUUGAAUUGGUCUCCACUUUAUAGACUUCCUUUGGAAAAAAAGUAUUAUUCAUACUUAAAUGGCUGAUUAUUGUUUUUAGUUAAAAAUAAUAAUGAUAAUGGAAGGAUUACAUUAUGCAGCGACUUUCACCUACUACUUGUAGCUGUUAGAUGCUCAUCAUUCACUCACAAUAGUAUUGUAUUGGUUUGGUUUUCAAUAGUACGAUCGACCAUCUGCCUUCAGCAUUGCUAUGUUAGAAGAUGUCUCUCAGAAAAUAGGAAACCUCUCUUCUUUUAUAAUGUAACGUCGCAUAUCAAUGACAUCUUUACUCUUCUUUUCUCAGUAGUACUUUCAUAAUAGCUAAAAAAAAACAUGAGACGGAAUAAGAGGCAGAGAACCACAUUACAUAAUGCUUUUUUUCGUUUUAAAAGAAUGAGGAGAAGAAUGAUAACAAAAGAAAAAAGAAAAAAAUGGACCGAAGAAGCAUACAUUUAUUAUCGAUAGAUAUCGUUCCAUUAUGAAAGAUAGUGUAAGGAUGAUUCUAAAGCUAGAAGAUUGAUCAAUAUGUGGAUCAUUAUACUAAAUUUAAAAAAGAGAAUGUGUACCGAAUAAAUGGUUGAAAGAGACAUUACUUAUGCUGUUUUUUAUGAAUACUUCUUCCUUUCAUAUUCUUUUGGGCAAAGGUAUUUAGAUAAUAAAUUCUAAAAAUAAAAUCUUUCUCUUUUAUACCAAAUCUUAUAUAUGACUUCUAUACUGCCUGACCCUAGAUGUGGAAGGUUUCAUAACUUAGAGUUGAGACAGUGCUUCAACUUACAAAAAAUUGCCAUUCGAGGUACGUUAAUCUUUUUAAAAACAAUUUUGCCCACCUAUGCUGUAUACGAAGAAGAAUAAUUAAAUCUUUGUGAGAUUCACAUCGAAUUCUAGACGUUACGAAUAAAGCUGAUAUCAUACUUGCCUUUACUAAAGAGCGAUAUGUAGAUAUGGAUGUACCGAGACUGAAGAUACACUAACAAAGAAGGCAAUUUUUCUCUAAGAGAAAUCCUCAAGACUAGAAGAUUUUUAUUUAUAGGUGCUCAGUUUGACUUAAUUUAUAUGUGCAUACAACUGGACAGUUCGGUUACAAUAGUAAAAGGUUGAGUCUCGGCCAACCUUGGUCAAAAUUUUGUUUUUUUCAACUGUUUGACCGAGACUGGCCAAGACUUGGCAUUUUACUCUCAUAAUUAGUCUGUGCAUUCGUAUGUAUAUAUAAAUUAAGUCAAGUUGAGCAACUCUAGAUAAAGAUCUCCUAAAGUUCUGGAAGUUCUUAGAGAAAAGUUUCCAUCUUUGUUAGGGAGUCUUCAGUCUCGGUAUAUCCCUACAUCAGUCUAGCUGAAAAGCUAAAAAACACAUCAAUUUUGAUCGGCUCUCGGACAUUCCUGGACUUGGUCGGGCUGUUGGUUUGUGCAAAGUGUCAGAUAGAACCGAGAGGAACAUUUCUUAAUGAAGCUUCCCUUAAGUCUCAUAGGGUUUCCUCAGAGAAAAAUGUUCAUCCAUGUAAAGAAAACUUGUGUCACUACGUCACAUAACGAAACUCAACGAUAUCGAGACCGAAACACACCGAGAUCGUGACAAGCCCAGACUGAGACCGAGACUGGCCGAGACCGAGACCGAGACAGACCGAGACCGAGACGGACCGAGACCGAGAC